GCUCAACUUCACCUCGUCCAUCAUCAGCACGGAGAAUGUGUGGUGUUGGUCAGCCCAAACGAAGCCGCGAGACAUUUAACUUACAGCACCUUCUUUUACUCGACUAGAUUGACAACAGCGCCUACGAUAGCCGCGCAAAAGCUGCAGAGCCAUUUGCUGGCUCACAACAAUAGAGAGCGGAAGACGGGAUCUAGACGCCGUCAGAUAUGUGGAAGUAUGCAGAAGAGCUCUGAAGCCCUGCCAACAUGGGAUUUCGAAUAACAUCCUGGAAUGUGAAUGGUAUAAGAAACCCUUUUGCAUACCAGCCAUGGAGGGAGCAGCGAACAUUCCAGGUGAUUCCAUAUUGUCGGGGCGCCGACUGUAGCUGGCAUAGCUUACACUACUGAAUAGGCAAUGUUCGAUAUCCUAGAGGCCGACAUCGUCGUCAUGCAGGAGGUUAAGAUACAGCGCAAAGACCUACAAGAUGAUAUGGUUCUCGUGCCGGGCUGGGAUGUGUACUUUAGUCUUCCGAGGCACAAGAAAGGUUGUCCAGGACCGUCCCCUGUCCACACGGUCUGGAGGGGCCAGCGACAUCCUUCCAGAUGUUCCAGCUAACGCCAUACCUUCCAGGCUAUUCGGGGGUGGCAAUUUAUACUCGAAACGCGACCUGUGCCCCUGUGCGUGCUGAGGAAGGCGUCACAGGCGUUCUCACACCACCACAAUCAUCAACAAAGUUUCGUGAUCUUCCCGAAGAUCAGCGGAUUGGUGGAUACCCCAUGCCUGGUCAGCUCUCGGGCAAUGUCGAUGAGCUUGAGCUAGAUUCCGAGGGGCGCUGUGUCAUCCUAGAAUUCCCUGCCUUUGUUCUCUUGGGCGUAUACAGUCCUGCCAACCGCAACGAGUCUCGUCACAACUUUCGAGUUGCUUUUCUGGAGGCCCUGGACGUGCGGAUACGAAAUCUUGUCGCGUCAGGCAAGCAAGUCAUACUCACAGGCGACUUAAACGUUAUCCGAUCCGAGAUUGACUCCACAAACGUUGCGGAAUGUAUUCGCAAGGAAGGCAUGUCCUUAGAGGAGUGGAAAGCGGUGCCUUCGCGUCGCAUCUUCAACCACCUCAUUUUUGACGGCGAUGUGUCCGGGCAGAGAGACGAAGGGAGAGAGAUCCCGGUACUCUGGGAUCUGUGCCGGUGUUUUCAUCCGAGUCGGCAGGGUAUGAAUACCUGCUGGGACACGAAGCGCAAUACCCGGCCCGCCAACAACGGCAGCCGCAUCGAUUACAUAUUGUGCAGCGCGGGCUUGAAGUCCUGGUUCGCACACGCCGAUAUACAGCAGGGAUUGAUGGGCUCGGAUCACUGCCCGGUGUUUGGGAUGCUGGCCGAUGUAGUCCAUGUGGAAGGGCGGCACGUCUCCAUCAAAGAUAUGAUGAACCCUCCAGGCAUGUUCAGCGACGGAGAACGCUUGCGGGAAUGGUCUCACAGGGACAGCCUUCCUCUUUCUGCCAGGUUGAUACCGGAGUUCGACCGGCGUCAGAGCAUCAGAGACAUGUUCUCCAGGACAGCCUCUGGCGGGCAGCAAUCACUCUCACAGAAACCGGGCAGCAUACCCUCCUCGAGCUCAAGUGCGACCACUGUGAGGAAACCGGACCUCGUUUCGAAGGAAGACGCCAAUGCUUCUGAAAUAUUCCCGGCUACGACAGCUCAGUCGCUGGCCUCACCGCGCAAGAGGUCUCCGGCAGUGACUACCACCUUCAGAUCUACGAAGCGGCCUCGACAGGCCGAUGGCUCGAGUUCCGCUGGCGCCAACGCUCAAGCCGGUCAGCGAACACUGCAAGGCUUUUUCAAGCCAGUGGGCCAGAGACACCAAGAUACAGCAGAGACACUCCAUCAAUCGCCUCGGGGUGGCGCAGUUGCAACAGAAUCCCCUACUGCUUCUACUGUCACCACGGAACUGCCUGCGCAAGAUGUGCAAAACAGUGUCGCGCCAGCUGAGAAAUCGUCACAGCCCCUUCUGUCUCCUGAUCGCUCCGCUUCACCCGUGGAAAAUGUCUUUGAUCCAAUCGAGGCCAAAGAGUCUUGGUCCAGGCUUCUGGGAAAGCGCGUUCCCCCGCGUUGCGAGCACGACGAGCCUUGUAUCAGCCUUCUCACCAAAAAGCCCGGCGUCAAUUGCGGUCGGUCGUUCUACAUUUGUCGGCGGCCGCUUGGGCCUUCGGGCGAGAAGGAGCAUGGGUCAGAAUGGCGCUGUGGAACGUUCAUAUGGAGUAGUGAUUGGAGCAAGCAAUCCAUGUGA